GACGAAUUGAUUAUUUUUAACAAUAUUUCUAAAAUCGAUAAAGAAAAAUUAUCUUUUAUUACUGAGGAUGAUAGGAGAUUUGCUUGGCAUUAUAUAACUUUAUUUUAUAAUGAGAAACCUUGUUCUUUGAAUGGUUUUAAAUUAUACGAUGAUGAUGGUUGUGAAUAUUCUAGAAUUAAAAACAAUAAUGGAACAAAAUCUUUUUUAUUUAAAACAAAGUUGAAUCUUUAUUUUAAAGAUGAUUUAAUAUACAAAAUUUGUUACAAUGAAUAUAAAUUAACUGAUUUUUGUAAAAACGGAAAAAUAUAUAUUUAUUUAACUUUGAAUAAUUAUAUUCUAAAUUUAAGUGAUUUUAAAUAUAAAUUUAUUAAUGAAGAAGUUUAUCAAACAAUUGAUAUCGAUAAAUCUAAAUUAGACAUUGCUUUUUUUGAUAACAGAAAAUUUGAAGAAAUCAAAGUAGAACAUGAUGGUGUUAGAGAUUAUUAUAAAUUAAAAGAUGAAAUUGAAGAAGAUAACAUUUCUGAAAAAAUUUUUAUUAAAAGU